AUGGUGGAUAUAUUCGCCUUCAGUCCUACCACUGCGUUGUUGUGUGGAACUGUGCUAGUUUUGUUAUGGCUGCUAACGCGGCGGCCCUCUGGGCUCCCUUCCGGCCCCCAUCUCCUGCCGUUUGUUGGGAAUAUCCUCUCCAUGGACGCAGAUCCCCGGAUUGCGUUUAAGAAACUCAGGCAACAAUAUGGGGACAUCUUCAGUGUUUACUUGUUUAACAAACCUCUCAUCGUCCUCAACGGCUACAGCACUCUCAGAGACGCCUUUGUCAAGAACGCCGACGUUUUUUCUGACAGGCCACACUCAACGUUCAAUGAUUACAUUGUAAAAGGGAAAGGCCUGUCCGGGACUUCUGGGGUGCUCUGGCGCGAACAAAGACGCUUCGCCCUCAACACUCUCAGGGAGUUUGGAGCGGGCAGGAACAUCAUGGAGGACAAAAUACACGAAGAGGUCACGAACUUUGUCGAGGCUUUGGAGACAGAACGAGGACAAGGGUUUGACUGUAAACGUCUGGUGCACAAUGCAGUAUGCAAUGUCAUCUGUUCCACUAUGUUCAGCAAGCGAUUUGAAUAUACCGACCCUCUAUUCGUAAAAGUUUUGAAAGCUAUGGAUGAAUAUUUUGCCAACUUGGGUUCUUCUGGUGUGUUAAACGUGCUGCCUAUUGUGCGCUUUCUACCAGGGGAUCCAUUCAAAUUUAAGAAGACCGUACAGAAUAUCCAAACCAUCAUUUCACUUCUCAUAGACCCUAUGAUAAAAGAGCAUUUGCAGAACCAUGAUGGGGAUAACGUUGACGACUUCAUUCACGCCUACAUCAAGGAAAUGCGACUACGGAAAGAAACGCAAGAGGAGACGACCUUAGACUUGGAGAACUUGGUCAUGGUUAUUGCAGACCUCUUUGCAGCCGGAACAGAAACCACCGCCACUAUCAUACUUUGGACACUGGUCUAUUUAUUGCAUAAUCCGGAUGUACAGGAAAAGUGUUUUCAGGAGAUCAAAGGAAACAUUGGCCAGAGCAGAUUGCCUUCCAUGAAGGACAAGACCAACCUGCCCUACGUGGAGGCAACCAUUAUGGAAGUGUUGAGACGAGCUGAUAUCGUCCCCACUUCACUCCCUCAUACCGUUCCCCACGAUGUCCAGUUCGGGGGAUACACGUUCCCCAAAGGUGUCCCAGUCAUAGUGAUGCUUGAUUCAGUCCUACAAGACCCGGAUGUUUGGGGUGAUCCAGACAACUUCCGGCCUGACCGUUUCCUUGACGACACUGGCAAGAUUGUAAAGAAAGAUGAGUUCAUUCCCUUCUCUCUGGGUGAGUAUAGUCGCCCGGAAAGACACAGCCCCCAAAU